AGCGGUGGUAAAGAUAGUUGCUACAAUAUGAUGCAAUGCGUCGCCAAUGGACAUUCGAUUGUAGCACUUGCUAAUCUCAAACCACCUGUGGCAUCCGGAAAGGAUGAACUCGAUAGCUUUAUGUACCAAACUGUUGGCCACGAUGCCAUACAUUUUUACUCUGAUUGUAUGAAUCUUCCGCUAUACAGAAGAGAAAUCAAUGGCCAGUCCGUACUUCAAAAGUCAGAUUAUGUUGUGACAGCCAACGAUGAAACUGAAGAUUUAUACCUAUUACUUAAAGAUGUGUUGAAAGAACAUCCAGAUGUUCAAGGUGUUUCUGUGGGUGCAAUUUUGUCAAAUUAUCAACGUGUUCGGGUUGAGCAUGUAUGCAACCGACUUGGAUUGACCUCUUUAGCAUACCUUUGGAGACGGGACCAGCGUGAACUAUUGGCCGAAAUGGCAGCUGCUAAUGUGAACGCUGUUUUGAUUAAGGUGGCAGCUAUGGGACUCAAGGCCGCUCAUCUUGAAAAGAGUAUUGCACAGAUGUAUCCUAUUCUCUGUAACUUGAAUGAAAAGUAUGACUUACAUGUAUGCGGAGAAGGCGGUGAAUAUGAAACCUUCACCUUGGAUUGCCCAUUGUUUAAAAAGAGAAUUGUAAUAGAAGAAAGGGAGACAAUAGUUCAUUCUGAUGACGCAUUUGCACCGGUAGCUUACUUGAGGUUCAAGCGGUGUAUCUUGGUUGACAAGACACCCGAGGAGAUGGUGGGAAUGGAUACAAUAAAAAAAAUAUAUUGGAAGGAAUGGGAAUCGUAUGAGUCCCUGGUAUCUGUGAUGAAGUCUAAGGAUCAAUCGCAGCUCCCGAGAUCGCCUAUCAAGGUUGGCCUAGUGGGACAAUAUACCGAAAAGCAUGGUAGGUUUUGUAAACAUGAGUAUAAAUAUACCAAUGCUUAUUAA